AUGUUUUGGCAGCUCGAUGACUCUCCUGCCGUUGUUCAAGAACGGUUAGGGUGUAUAUCCAUUUCCAUUGCCACAAUCUUCUUCAACUGUAUAACCGAAGUCCCCACUUCCAUUCAAGAACGAUACAUCUUCAUGCGAGAAACUGCUUACAACGCUUAUCGUCGUUCCUCGUAUUUCCUCGCUCGUUCAAUUACCCACAUUCCAUUACUAUUCAGCCUUGCCCUCACCUUAUCGUUGAUAACGUUUUGGGCCGGCGGCGUCACCGAUUUUUUAUUCUUCUUCAUCACAAUCCUCGUUGCGUUUUGGGCUGGAAGUUCAUUCGCGGCUUUUAUUUCAAGGCUUACACCCGAUGUAUUCCUCGCCUUCGUUAGCACCAUCGCCAUUGUCUCCUACUUUCACUUCCUCUGUGGCUUCCUCGUCGCUCGAGAUCGGCUACCCAAAUACUGGCUAUGCGCCGGUGAAGAGCGAUUUAUUGGCGAGCAUGGGGCGGAUCUUGGGGAGGAAUAUAACGAUUUAUUUCCAGCGCUCGGAAGGAGGAUUAAUUGGUUUGGGGUUGUGGGCAUUGGGGUGGGUGAUGAAGAAAGGUGA